AUGCGAAUUGUCUUUGUGGCUCGCGAUCUUGAAGGAAAUGCUACCAGUAUUUUAUGGCAAGAUAAAAUUACAUAUGAUGAAAAGGAAGCUGAAAAUAAGAUAGUUCUUAGUGCAUUGGAAAAAGUACUCUGUCAGAUCUGGGAACUUGCAAAAGAAUGUGACCCGCCGGUACCAAUAAUCAUUACCCAUACAAGGAAAAAAUUAGCACAUUUAUGUCAUAAACCAAGGCUUGUAUCUGUUGUAGGAAUUAUAAACGCCGAUGGAGCAUAUGAAGUUGAAAAGAAGCUGUUAGAUAUGAAAUCUGGAGUUAAUUUAAGAUGUACAACAAGUCUGGGGACUGCUCAAAUAAACACAGUGAAUGAGCUCACUGUAGGAAACUCAAAUGCUACAAUUAUCGAAAAGUUGCGGUGUUCCGUUGAAUCUAUCAACAUUAAGUGA